GGUGCCAGUUUCUUUAGCGUGGGCAAGCUGACCUUUUUCCCACCCUGUCGCUCUUCCGUCCGUCGUACAUCCGUUUCGCGCUCCCCUCGCAGAGCUUUCCCGCCAACGAGAUACACAGGCGCGCGCAAACAACACACGGAGAGAGAUGGAGAUGGAUAUGUCGUCGUCCUCCUUGGCCGCCAUCCCUUCAACCUUGCGUUAUCGUUUGCUGGAGUUCCUCCUCCACGCCUCUUCGCAACUCCAAUGCCCCCCAAUCGUCAAGUACACGGCUCUCUCCUUCUUCGCCGAUCGAUUCCUCCCUUCUCUCCGCAGAAGGAAGGCGAUGUUGCUCGAUGGGAGGGACGGAGUGAGCUGGCUCUUGGAUCCACCAAGGGAGAGCAAUUUGCAGCUCUUUGCCCUCAUUUCCUUAUGGAUUUCUAGUAAAAUGCAUGAUUCUCGUCCCCUGUCUGUGAAGAGCAUGAAGGCUUUGGGAGACGACCUCAUCACCGAUCAGCAUUUCAUGGCUCGGGAUUACGCUGAAGCUGAAUUGGUCUUUAUGGAGGCAUUUGGAUUUGAGAUUGGAGCUUCAAACAUUGUAUUCGUCUUCCUUGAGGAUCUUCUCAUUCAGUUCAGGGAAUUGUCAAUGUUAGGGGAGCUAUUGAGGUCUGAUGUGUGCAUGGAAAUCAUGGAUCUCCUCUAUGAGACAGAAGACAUGUCAAUGCUCUUCAGCUCCCCCUGUUCUCUUGCAGCAUCUAUCCUUGUGACUGCAUAUACUAUUUCAAUCCCAAAGCAACGAUGGGAAUUUCCACUUCUACCUUGGGUGAAAUUUGUUACUUCCUAUGAUGAAGAUGACAUCAGAAGGAUUGUAUCAUGCAUUCUUGGACAUGUGCUGAAGCCUGAGAUAACAGAGUAGAUGCUUGAUGAAGUAAUCUCAUUGUGAAGCUUGUCAUGGGAUGGCACCUAGUGACUUCUGUACCUGAUUCAUGUAAUGAAUGAAACUAGUUAAGGAUCUUAGGUUAUGCUUUGCCUGUUCAUUUGCCUUGACAUGGACUUUGUCUCCGUCUCUGAAUUUUUCACUAUGUUCUCAUGUUGGCUGGGGAUGCACACGAAAACAAUGAAAGGCAGUAAAAUGGAUGUCUUUAUUGCUUGACCCCCAUCCUUUGGAAGGAAUCAACCGGAUGACUUUUUAGUCAAUCCUGCCUCCGCUUCCUCUCAAGCAUCUAUUUGGACGUCCUCCUUUCCCUUCCAGUUGCUGUUUUCAGCUCAAGCUGAGGCUACUGCGUGUAGGGAAUGAAAUAGAUCAGAUAUGGGUCGGGUCGGCCAAUACCCGUAUCCACUCCAUAAUUAAAAACUUUAUAUCCAUAUCCAUUCUGUACUCAUUUUGGACGGUUGGGUGAGGUAAACUAGAUGGUAUAGGUCGGAUUGAAUUGCAUGGAAUAGACAAGUUAGUUCAGAUUGAGUCGAACUCAUCGUAGGGAUUCUAAAAUAAUUGUUACUUUAGAAAGAAAAAAAUUUAGAUUAUAGUUAUUUCAUGCCGGAUUUGGAGUGGGGCAUCCGAAGCAAAACCGUCUCGGGUAUUUUAUAUUAAACCCGUACCCGCUUUGGGGUUUAAAUAAAUGAGGUAAAAUCCACCUAUGUUGGUGUCGGGCUGGAUAUUUGGUGGAUUGUUGCGAACCCUAAUUGGACGCUCUUAUUUUUAUUUGUAACAAGGCUUGUCCUCCCAACAAAAGGCAAAAAAAAACAAAAAAAAGGGAGUGGAUAUUUUCAAUGCAUUCAUUGUCACUUCCAGAUAUGGCAUUAUAAUUCGCUGCCAGAAAAGAAACAGAAGAAAAGAAAAGGAAGAAGAAAGAGUGAAAGAAAGAUCUCUUGAACAUUGCAUGAUUCAACACCACUGGUGUUCAUCGUAAGAGUGAUUCACAUGCUACCAACUAUGAAUGAGAAGCUCCUGGAGUAAGAAAAUAUUGUGAGCAAAUUAAUGUCGCCGAUGGGUUUAUCCAAAACCCUGAAUAUGAUGUUGUUAACAAUGUUAGCUUUUUGGUAAUCAUGAGCCUUGUUGUCCUGAAAACUUUAUAGCCGUCGUAGGAGAGAGAAAUUGGGCUUCCUCAGUACCCCCCGGCGGAAACAAACUUUGAGCUAUCCUGCUAAUCAAUGUGUGACAAAAAUAUGGAACCAUCCAGUCCCACUUUCCAUCUUAACCCAAUCUUUUCACUACAUUAUAAGGAAAAGAAAUUCCAAUUGGCAUGAUCAAGUGCUUUUCCGACAGUAGCUUAGGAAACAAUUAAAAAAAAAAAAAAAAAA